GACACGACUGAGCAACUUCAUUCACUACAAGCAGUACUCCUAAGAACAAUCCUUUUACAUUUAUCUUUGUGCAUGGGUGCACAUGCAUCUAUAGGAUGAUUUCCUAGAACUGGACUAAAGGGGUCAAAAAGGUAUACGCAUUUGGAAUAUUAUCUGAUUGGCCAGCUGCCUUGCAAAGAGCACACCACUUACAUUCUAUCAGUGUAUGUAAGUGUGACUUCUCAACACACUUACCAUCACUUAUUAUCAGGUCUUUUGAUCUUUAGCAGUCUGAAAGAUGGAGUGAUAUCUUAUUGUGGUUUCAACUUGCACAUCUCUUGUUAUGAUCCAGCAUUAUCUUGUCCAGGAAGAACACUAGCUCAGGGCUGCCAAGCAAGCCCACUGGGGCCCUACUUGUUACUCAGCAUUGUCAUCUGCAUUGCUUUUCUAUUCCUUUUUCUCUUUUUCUUUUCCUUGGAGCAAAAGGGAGACAGACAUUAAAAAAAGAAGAAGAAGAAGAAGUCCUCAGGAGGAAAGAAACAUUACAGAUUGAAUUACUAAAUCAUACCCCCCAAAAAAUUCCUUUUUCUCUGAUACAUCUCAUUCUCUUUUUCUAGUCUCCCACUAUGUCUUUAAAUCUUUUCUCUCUGUUCCUUUUACCAGUACCUUACAGUACUCAACAACAUGAAUGCUUCAGGCUUUCUUCUGUCUGAACAGGUUUUGCCUAAAAAGUUUCUCCAAGAAUUAUUGACUUAUUUCUCUGGUAGUACCUGAAAAUUAUUUUUACUCUACAGCCUGGCAAUAAAAUGUCAGUUCUAUGAGGGCAAGGCUUUUCCCUGCUAUAACUCCAGCCCCUAAAACAGUGCCUGACAUGAGACACUUAAUAACUUUCCAUAUAUAUAUACAUGGAAAUUAUAUAUGGAAAUUACAUUAAAUCCUACCUAACAUAAAAUUGACCAUUUUAAUUCUUUUAAGAACAGUAUUUUAUGUACAGUUCAGUGGCAUCAAGUCCAUUUACAUUUCAGUAGUUUUCUUCUAGAUAAAUGAAUGUGUAGUGGUGUUGCUUAUUUGUCCCUGAAAGUGAACAGGAACCAGACAGUCAUUUUAAUUCACAUUAUUCUGUCCUCUAGACGAAGUCAUACGGAAGCGUCUCCUAAUCGAUGGAGAUGGUGCUGGAGAUGAUCGGAGAAUUAAUCUGCUGGUGAAAAGUUUCAUUAAAUGGUGCAACUCAGGAUCUCAGGAAGAGGGAUACAGCCAGUACCAACGUAUGCUGAGCACACUGUCCCAAUGUGAGUUUUCAAUGGGCAAAACUUUGCUGGUGUAUGACAUGAACCUCAGAGAAAUGGAAAAUUAUGAAAAAAUUUACAAAGAGAUAGAAUGUAGCAUUGCUGGAGCCCAUGAAAAAAUUGCAGAGUGCAAGAAGCAAAUUCUUCAAGCAAAACGAAUACGAAAAAACCGGCAAGAAUAUGAUGCACUGGCAAAAGUGAUCCAGCAUCAUCCAGACAGGCAUGAGACAUUAAAAGAAUUAGAGGCUCUGGGAAAAGAAUUAGAACACCUUUCACAUAUUAAAGAAAGUGUUGAAGAUAAGCUGGAAUUAAGAAGGAAACAGUUUCAUGUUCUUCUUAGUACCAUCCAUGAACUUCAGCAAACACUGGAAAAUGAUGAAAAGCUCUCAGAGGUAGAAGAAGCUCAAGAAGCAAGCAUGGAGACUGAUCCUAAACCAUAGACCAAGGAAUCACUCCCCAUUCCCAAGAAUGUUGAAGUAGCAGUGUGAUCUCAGUGUGUUUAGAAUCUGUUGUGCUCUCGAGAUAUGUAAAGUUUUGGCAGUGAACUAUUUUGCUUUUAAAUGUUAAUGCAGAGUUCAUUCAUAUUUCUUCACACAGAGGAAGAUGACUUCAUUAUAUAUUUGUUUUUACUGAAAUGUCUUUUUUGUAUUUAAAAGGUGGGAAACAAUAUCCAAAAUAAAUGUUGAAUAAAAUGUUUUCAAGCCAAAUAUGUUUGUGCUCAUUGGCAUUCUAGAUAGUUUUUAAUUGGUAACAUUGAUUUGCUUACAAAAUAAAUGGAAGAUAGUGAGAAGGUGGCACUUCUGGGAUGUACAUGAGAAAAUGAGUCAGUUUCUGGAAAUUGUUACCACUUUUGAAAAUGGAGACCAUGAACAGGCUCUCAGGAGAGCUGUGAACUUGUGAAAUUACUUACAGAAUGUUUGUGGUGUAUGCUUACUGUGAGAGAGGUUCUGUGAUAAGAAGAAUCACUGGGCUAAGAAGUAAUUAUAAGAUGCAAAGACAAUCAAUAUGUAUUACUUUCUAGAUCGCUGUCCUUAAUACUUGAGACAUAUGGUUGGUAAAUGUUUUGGUAAAACAUUUUCUCUCUAUUGUUUUCUUCUGUAGGAGUCAUUUUCAAGAGUCUUGCAAAAAAGGAUUUCAUGAUCUUUUUAUGAAUUUAAACUAAGUCUGAAUCACAUGUACUUUUCUUAAGGAUUGAAUUAUAUGUCUAAUACUUGCUAGGUUCCAUCCUUAUCCAUUCAUUUUAGUUCAGAAACAUGACACUUUGCAUGAAUCAUACCUUAAUAAUGUUACAUUUUUGUAAUUUUAAUAAGAACUCUUCUCUUUAAAAACAAAGGUUUAAAGUUAGCUCAAUAGUAGUCACAGUGAAAGUGUCAAAAUACCUUUAAGUGCUUCCUCUAAUUUCAUCUGGCAAAUCAUGGAAGAAAUUUCUUUGUAGAAUUGGUAUGCCCUGGUAAAUAUUUCUAUUUUCCAUUAUUAGUAAAAAUUAUGAGGCAAAAAUUUGCUUAUAUUGACUCAAAAUGAAAAAUCAGUUUUUGUAAAAGG